CGUGUAUAUAUAAAACAUAUUCGAAUAGAUAUUUUGUUAGAAAUCUGAAGUGUGAAAGUGUUGAUGGUUGAGGGAGCAGGCGGCCGCCUCCCUCCUCCUCCUCCUCCCGCCCGCAGUGGACACGUUUCGUGCCGUCUGGCCUAAGAUACCGAGAGUAUGCGUUACGUUGCUGCUUACUGUCUGGCUGCCCUUGGUGGUAACAGCCCCUCAGCUAAAGACAUUGAAAAAGUCCUUGGUGCUGUAGCUAUUGAUUGUGAUGCAGACCUUGCAAAGAAAGUAGUUUCUGAGCUUCAGGGCAAGAACUUGGACCAACUUAUUGCUGAAGGCCUGGGUAAAAUAGGCUCAAUGCCAGUUGGUGGUGGUGGCGGCGGCGGCGGCCCGGUCGUUGCUUCUGGUGGCGGCGGCGGGGGACCUGCUGCGGCGGCGCCUGCCAAGAAGGAAGAAGCGAAACCUGAAGAACCUGAGGAAGAGUCUGAUGAUGACAUGGGCUUUGGCCUCUUUGAUUAGUUUGAUACAAAAUAAAAUGUUUCGUGAA